CUAGAGCAGCAAUAUUCUUUUUUGUAACGAGGUGACCAGAACUGAAAUAAAGGCACGACUCCUACAGAUCAAAUGGGGGCUCAAAAGACAGAGAAAGAGCGCCCCCUGCAGUCUGUAGCAGAUUUAAAGCAAGGAGACCGACUCCAUGCGCACGCCGCUGCGGAAUGCAAACGUGUCAUGUGACCGCGGGUCAGGUGAUAAGAAGGGAUGCAGUGACGUAAUAAACAGGGACGUGCGGUUUUUAAAGACACGUGGUCUUUUUUUUUUUUUUUUUCAAAGAGAACAACAUCAUCAUCAAAAGCCAGAAGUAGAAAAAGAAAAAUACUUACAUGCACCAGGUGACGUUAAAAAACUCGACGCUGCCUCCUUUCAAAGCCUCUUCCCAGCCAGAGACGCCAACUUCAACUCGACAACUUUCAUCCUUCAUUCUUCAAACCGGACUCUACAGCAGCUGCUAAACAGGAUCCUGUGUGCUGCCAUGGACAGUGUGAAGAUGGAGUCUGUCCAGAUUAAAGAGGAGUUCCCUGACCAUGAACCUGUCCCCAUUAGAGUGGAGUUCUCUGGGCUGGCUUCUCUCCCCAUUAAACAGGAAUUCUGUGAGUUGCAAUGUGACAGCAGUCAGCCAGAGGUCUCUGAGAUUAAAGCAGAGCACAAUGAAUUGGAGAUCCCCCAGACAGAAGAACCCCUUCCUGUGAAACAAGAAGAGGUGCUGGAAACUGUCCUUAUUAAACGGGAGCCCCCUGAAGUAGAGUUUGAGCACAUGGAACCUGGGAAGGAAGAAUCGGAGGACUUCAAACCAAACAUCCCUGAGCUGGAGCCUGUACGCCUGCGGGAGUGUAGCGUGGUGCUGGAGAGAAUCUGCGUGAGAGAGCAAGGCGCUGGAGAGGAAGGCUCUCCCAACAGCACGCAAGGAGGUGGAAAGGAAGACGGGCGCUCCCAUUCAGAAUGCAGUCUAGCAGGUUUCAGUCCAGCAGCUAAAGCGAGGGCGGGCGCUGGAGAAUAUCCUGACUGUGGGAAAGGCUUCACCCAGUUAAGAACUUUUAAAGCACACCAGAGAAUUCACACAGGAGAGAAACCGUAUCGCUGCUCUGACUGUGGGAAGAGGUUCAGUCAGUCAGGAGACCUGAAAAUACACCAGCGAACUCACACAGGAGAGAAACCGUAUCGCUGCUCUGACUGUGGGAAGAGUUUUAGUCACUCAGGAACCUUGAAAGCACACCAGAGAAUUCACACAGGAGAGAAACCGUAUCGCUGCUCUGACUGUGGGAAGAGGUUCAGUCAGUCAGGAGACCUGAAAACACACCAGCGAACUCAUACAGGAGAGAAACCGUAUCGCUGCUCUGACUGUGGGAAGAGGUUCAGUCAGUUAGGACACCUUGUUUUACACCAGCGAAUUCACACAGGAGAGAAACCGUAUCGCUGCUCUGACUGUGGGAAGAGGUUCAGUCGGUCAGGACAACUUGUUUCACACCAGCGAACUCACACAGGAGAGAAACCGUAUCGCUGCUCUGACUGUGGGAAGAGGUUCAGUCAGUCAAUACACCAUGUUUUACACCAGCGAACUCACACAGGAGAGAAACCGUAUCGCUGCUCUGACUGUGGGAAGAGUUUCCGAAUUUUAGGAAACCUGAAUACACACCAGCGAACUCACACAGGAGAGAAACCGUAUCGCUGCUCUGACUGUGGGAAGAGUUUCAGUAAUUUAGGAAGCCUGAAGAGACACCAGCGAAUUCAUACAGGAGAGAAACCAUAUCGCUGCUCUGACUGUGGGAAGAGUUUCAGUCACUCUGUAUCCCUGAAAACACACCAGCGAAUUCACACAGGAGAGAAACCAUAUCGCUGCUCUGAGUGUGGGAAGAGGUUCAAUCAGUCAGGACAUCUUGUUUUACACCAGCGAACUCACACAGGAGAGAAACCGUAUCGCUGCUCUGACUGUGGGAAGAGGUUCAGUCGGUCAGGACAACUUAUUUUACACCAACGAACUCACACAGGAGAGAAACCGUAUCGCUGCUCUGACUGUGGGAAGAGUUUCAGUCACUCGGGAGACAUGAAAAAACACCAGCGAACUCACACAGGAGAGAAACCAUAUCAGUGCUCUGACUGUGGGAAGAGGUUCAGUCGGUCAGGACACCUUGUUUCACACCAGCGAACUCACACAGGAGAGAAACCGUAUUGCUGCUCUGACUGUGGGAAGAGUUUCAGUCGGUCAGACAGCCUUGUUUCACACCAGCAAACUCACAAGAAAUCGACACAGCAUCUGAAACCGCACAAGAGAAACAGCGAGCCGGGCAGAGCGCUGUGCGUUUAUUUACUGAAACGAGAUUGCAGACCAGGCGGGGACGAUAAAACAAAUAAAACAAAUCAGCUGCUAAACAGAAUCCCGUGUGCUGCCAUGGACAGUGUGAAGAUGGAGUCUGUCCAGAUUAAAGAGGAGUUCCCUGAACUUGAACUUGUCCCCAUUAGAGCGGAGUUCUCUGUGCUGGCUUCCCUCCCCAUUAAACAGGAGCUCUGUGAGAGGCAAUGUGACUGCUGUCUGAUGGAGGUCUCUGAGAUUAAAGCUGAGCAGAAUGAAUUGGGGAUCCCCCAGACAGAAGAACCCCUUCCUGUUAAACAAGAAGAGGUGCUGGAAACUGUCCGUAUUAAACAGGAGCCCCCUGAAGUAGAGUUUGAGCACAUGGAACCAGUGAAGGAAGAAUCGGAGGACUUCAAACCAAACAUCCCUGAGCUGGAGCCUGUACGCCUGCGGGAGUGUAGCGUGGUGCUGGAGAGAAUCUGCGUGAGAGAGCAAGGCGCUGGAGAGGAAGGCUCUCCCAACAGCACGCAAGGAGGUGGAAAGGAAGACGGGCGCUCCCAUUCAGAAUGCAGUCUAGCAGGUUUCAGUCCAGCAGCUAAAGCGAGGGCGGGUGAUGGAGAAUAUGCUGACUGUGGGAAAGGUUUCACCCAGUUAAGAACUUUUAAAACACACCAGAGAACUCGCACAGGAAAGAAACCGUAUCGCUGCUCUGACUGUGGGAAGAGGUUCAAUCAGUCAGGACACCUUGAAACACACCAGCGAACUCACACAGGAGAGAAACCGUAUCGCUGCUCUGACUGUGGGAAGAGGUUCAGUCAGUCAGGUAACCUUGAAACACACCAGCGAACUCACACAGGAGAGAAACCGUAUCGCUGCUCUGACUGUGGGAAGAGUUUCAGUAGGGUAGACCACCUUCUUUUACACCAGCGAACUCACACAGGAGAGAAACCGCAUCGCUGCUCUCACUGUGGGAAGAGUUUCAGUAGGGUAGGCUACCUUGUUUCACACCAGCGAACUCACACAGGAAAGAAACCGUAUCGCUGCUCUGACUGUGGGAAGAGUUUCAGUCGGUCAGACAGCCUUGUUUCACACCAGCGAACUCACACAGGAGAGAAACCGUAUCGCUGCUCUGACUGUGGGAAGAGUUUCACUCAGUUAGGACACCUUAUUUCACACCAGCGAACUCACACAGGAGAGAAACCGUAUCGCUGCUCUGACUGUGGGAAGAGGUUCAGUCAGUCCUGCAGCCUUGUUUCACACCAGCGAACUCACACAGGAGAGAAACCGUAUCGCUGCUCUGACUGUGGGAAGAGUUUCAGUAGGGUAGACCACCUUGUUUCACACCAGCAAACUCACACAGGAAAGAAACUGUAUCGCUGCUCUGACUGUGGGAAGAGUUUCUGUUUUAAACAAGGCCUUCAAAAACACCAGCGGACUUUUCACUCAUGAGGGAAAAAAACCGUUAACCUUGCAUUAUGAAUUCCUGUGCAAUUACUGUUCUGUGCAUCACUCUUAAGAGCAUGCAUUUUAAAUGGUAAAAAUGCGCUUCAGCUCUCUUGCACUGUGAUUGUGUCAGAAAGUGGGCGUUGACGCGGACACGAGAAAGGCUUCUUUGCUGUCAGUUUAACUCGGGCUGUUAAUGCAGUCAGUGCCUGGGAGUGGGAAUAUGCAGAAAGGAAACUAUUCUGCACCUCAUCUGAUGGACGAGUCAGGAGAAAUUGAUAACUCAGUGUGGGGAAUGAGUUUCAGGGUUUAGCAUUUCAACUGCAUAGACUUGAAAAUAAAUGAAUUGAUGAGAACGAUAUGUAGCAUCCCAGAGACAAGACUGCACCGCCCUUACUGGACAACCGCCUGGAGGGUUUGUCUUGUAAAUUCAUCACGAUUCUAAAUCUAAUGAAAACUGAUAGUGUCCCCAUGACUGCAUUAUGACAGGGAUGGCUGAAUACUGCGUGGCGUGUCGCUUUGCAAUGUGCAUUGUCCAUGCUUGUGUUUGUGCUGCUCUUGUAACCUGCCCUGAGUAAUAGCAGUGUUGCAAGCACGUGUACGGAGCUUGGGUACAGAAAGGCAGACCGGUUUCAUCUCUGGCUCUUUCUUCCUCUUUUGUAGUAUUUUACACUCGGUGACAAAUUCCAAAUGAAAAUGUAGCUUAACUGUGACUAUUAAUGGAUUAAGCUUUCAUUACAGAGCACAAAGUAAUAUAAAAUGCCGUGUGGUAAUAGAAAUAAACGUGUGUGUGUCUCUCAGUGUGUGAGAGUAAGUGUGUGAGACUGUAAGUGUGUGUGUGUGUGUGUGUCUCUGUGUGUGAGACUGUAAGUGUGUGUGU